UCCUUUUGUUGAAGACAACCAAACAUACUAAUCUUUUCCAACGUCCCCUUAAAGAGAAAGCGAUCUUCGAGUGAAGAACCGGACGGUGACCGCCGACAAUGGCGGCCACCCCACCCCCUCCGUCUUUGUCGCUCCCAUCGAAUAAACCUUUCUCACUCAAACGCUCUGACUUUCUGUUUCACCCCUCUAAGAACAACAACAACAAAUCCCUUUUCUCUUUUAAUUCGAAUCUGAGGUGCGAGAUCAAAGGCUUCGAGGGCCAUCGCCGCUGGACAUUUGACCGUAUCUCCGACAUGAACAAAGACUCCACCGCUCUCUCCAAUUCCAUUUCCAACCCUUCUUCUUCAUUUGUUUCUGUCCCUGCUGUCACCUCUGCUUCCCAAUUCCCCACCAAAAAUGCCAAAAAGGUUGUCCUUUUCUUCUGCGCCGAGACCAAGGCCCUCGCCGAGAAAAUCGCCGCCGACUCCGACGCCAUCGAGCUUCGCACCAUCUCUUGGGGCAAGUUUCCUGAUGGCUUCCCCAACAUUUUCAUUCCUAAUGCCCAAGGAAUUCGCGGGAUGCAUGUGGCUUUUCUGGCCUCAUUCAGUUCUCCAGCAGUGAUUUUUGAGCAGAUUCCUGUUAUUUAUGCAUUGCCAAAACUAUUCAUUGCUUCAUUUACCCUUGUCCUUCCGUUUUUCCCAACGGGCACAUCAGAGCGUAUGGAGGAUGAAGGAGAUAUUGCCACAGCUUUUACUUUGGCCAGACUUUUGUCGAACAUACCCAUUUCUAGGGGAGGACCUACCAGUCUGGUGACGUUUGACAUUCAUGCCUUGCAGGAGAGAUUCUACUUUGGUGAUAACAUUUUACCAUGCUUUGAGAGUGGGAUACCAUUGCUGAAAAGAAGGCUCCAGGAUCUUCCUGAUUCUGAUAAUAUAGCAAUUGCUUUUCCCGAUGAUGGUGCAUGGAAACGAUUUCAUAAGCAACUGCAGCAUUUUCCAACGAUAGUAUGUGCAAAAGUUCGGGAAGGAGAUCAAAGGAUAGUUCGUAUUAAGGAGGGAGACCCUAGGGGUCGUCAUGUUGUGAUUGUUGAUGAUUUGGUUCAAUCAGGUGGAACUUUGAUAGAGUGUCAGAAAGUCUUGGCAGCUCAUGGAGCAUUGAAGAUUAGUGCUUACGUGACCCAUGGCAUUUUUCCAAAUAAUACAUGGGCACGCUUUGAACACGAUAAUGGGGGGCAUCCAGAGACUGCAUUUACUUACUUCUGGAUCACAGAUUCAUGCCCCUUAACAGCUAAAGAGUUGAUGAAUAGGCCACCAUUUGAGAUUCUCAGCCUUGCAAGCUCCAUAUCUGCCAGUCUUCAAAUCUGAAGGGGACAUAUAAUGUCAUUUUCCUUUCAUGCUGAAUAAAACGGAGAAAAAGAAAAAAAAAAGAUCCUUUAAUAACAAUAGUCAAAGUUGAGUUCUUGGACUUCAGGAUGUGGCUUAUAGCAAGAGUUAAUAAGACUCUUACCAAGGUUAUUGCUGCGAUAACUACUUGGGGGCUGCAUUGAUUUAUCCAAAGCUUGCUGUUGUGUUAUAAAUACGUACUCUAUCUUGUGGAUUUUGGUAGCUUCAGUCGCUGUAUGAUCCUUGAUAUAUGAAACUUUAAGAGCCUACUCUACUUUUCAAACUAAAUAAAUUAUGAUUUCAAUGUCCA